AGAACGUUUAGCGUUUGAUGGCUAAUUUCACUUAAAUUUUAAAGUGGACGGAAAAUGAGGAAAACUAAAGGGAAAAUCAAUGCCACAGAAAAGGAAUUCGUAUUUGAAUUCAAAGCAGGGAGAAAGCACUGUGUUUUAAAAGUGCCCUUACAAUUCCCUGUUCAAGAAAAUGUUAGCGAUCUACACGGGAGACUGAUGCUCCUUCAUAAUAUCCCUUGUUUUGUUGAGAACGAUCUGAAAAACAGUCUUGUCACGUUCAUCGAGAGCGAAACCAUACGAGAUUAUGACAACGAUGCCGAGGUUGCCUUGCAGAGGCUGACAAGCGGUGAAGUGGAUAUAAACAAACUGACAAACUGCUGGGCAAAGGCGUACGCAGAGACCACACUGGAACAUGCCAGACCAGAGGAGCCCAGUUGGGAUGAGGACUUUGCAGACGUGUACCACGAGCUGAUCCACUCUCCUGCCUCAGACACGCUGCUCAACCUGGAGCACAGUUACUACGUCAGUGUCUCUGAACUCAUCAGCGAGAGAGACAUGGAGCUGAAGAAACUGCAGGAGAGACAGGCUGUGGAAAUGGACAAGGUCAUGCAGGAGCUGGGAAAGACGAUGAGUGACCAGGAUGUAAACACGGUGGCUGCACAACAUUUCGACGCUCAGCAGGUACUGGAAAACAAAUGGGCCAGUGAACUAAAGCAGGUAACAGGGAUCCAGAAACAAGAAUAUCAGGAGUGGGUGAUCAAACUUCACCAGGACCUAAAGAAUCCCAACAAUAGUACCAUCAAUGAGGAGAUUAAGGUGCAGUCCAGUCAGUUGACGGAGUCCGUGGAGGCGGGGGAAAGACUUUUCGAGGAGCAGCGACAGCUGGAGGAGAGCUUCACCAUCCACUUAGGUGCACAGCUGAAGACCAUGCACAACCUUCGGCUGGUGCGGGCGAACGUGCUGGACUUGUGUAAGCACCGUCGGCAUGGCAGCAGCGGAGUGAAGCUGCGUAGGCUGCAGACGGCCCUCUCCCUGUACUCCGUCUCACUGUGCGGCCUGGUUCUGCUCGUGGACAACAGAGUCAACUCCUACAGCGGCAUCAAACGAGACUUUGCCACGGUGUGUCAGGAGUGUACGGACUUCCACUUCCCACGGUUGGAUGAGCAGUUGGAGCUGGUGCAGCAGGUGGUGCUGUAUGCGCGGGCUCAGCGGAGCAGUAAACAGAGAGAACAGCAGCAGCAACAGCAACACGAAAUGACCAGAAAUGGAGGAAGUGAGGACAAGAAUAAAAACCUUGAGCGAAAUCCAGCAAACAUCAUACCUGGUGAGUUUUACAUCUCUCGCCAUUCAAACCUGUCUGAGGUGCACGUCGUGUUUCACUUGUGUGUGGACGAUAACGUGCGGUCAGGAAACAUCACGGCGCGGGACCCGGCCAUCAUGGGACUGAGGAACAUACUGAAAGUCUGCUGUAGCCAUGACAUCACCACCAUCACCAUCCCACUCCUGCUCGUCCACGACAUGUCUGAGGAGAUGACCAUUCCCUGGUGUCUGAAGCGUGCUGAGCUGGUCUUUAAGUGCGUCAAAGGGUUUAUGAUGGAAAUGGCCUCGUGGGAUGGGGGAAUUUCAAGGACCGUCCAGUUCCUUGUUCCACAGAGUAUCUCGGGGGAGAUGUUUUAUCAGCUGAGCAACAUGCUGCCUCAGAUCUUCCGCGUCUCGUCCACGCUCACCCUCACAUCCAAACGGUGAUGCCCCCCCCCCCCCAAGCACCACCAGCAGGCUGAAGGACCGGACCCAUCCACCUGUGUCUCACCUCCUCGAACCUCUACGCAAGUCUUCAUCACAUUCCACCUUGCUACACAAUGGAAAACACUUCCACCUGUUGCCGUAAUUAAGUUCUUAAUUUCAUAGUGCUGGGCCAAGGCUUUGGGCAGUUGCAGUAAAGUAACAGAAGGGACAUGGAUUAUUACUAAGUUACAAUAAGGGAAAUAUUUGGGUUUAAUUUGUAACUGACAAAGGGAAGAUUAGUUAUAUCCCAAAUUUGUGAGUUUGGGACAGAGUCCAUCUCAUACUAAUUCUGUGAACGGUCACUGUGAAUUUGACCACUCUGCUCUUUGCUUUUUGCUAAUGACAUAUGAGGUGAUCUGAGUGACUGCUGCAUUGCAGUCAAUCACCACUGCCAGCUGUACACGGCCCUCCGCCUUCCCACCACCAGAUGGCAGUGUUCCAAGACAGUGUCACCACUGAGGGUAAAAUCAGGUGCAUCCAGAGCUGUGGAUGGCAAAUGCAGCCAACCCUCUGACUUGCAUAAGUAUUUUACCAUGUGUUUUUAUACUGGGUGAAGAUUUACAGCUUGGUCAGUAAUUCCAGGAAAACUGCACUGUAAUUGGUCUGACUGUAAUAUCCACUGUUACGUGUGGAUUUAUUACAAAUGCCUGCACAGAUUCUGAGCCCCUUUUCUUCUCUUUUUUUUUUCAGUUCCUGAAUUUGGCAUUUUGUUGUUUACCUCAGCAGUGUUUAUAUGCAAUAGACAUUACCUCAGCAAAAUGUUGCUAACCUGCUCAGCUGGAAGUUUAUUCACCUUUGAAAAAUAAUUUGAAAGACAACUUGAAUUUUGGUUGCUAAUAUGAUGUAAAACAAAUCCAAUCUAAUCUAAAUAUUACUAAUAUCUAAUUUUACACAUCUUUGAAUUGUAAUGGGAUUUAUUGUGUGUUUGUUAUGGAAUAAUAUCAUCU